AUGACUGCAACGCUUAAUUUUCGCCUCAAGUCUCAAGAAGACGAUGACCCCUGGCUCAUCGAGCAAAAUAAUUUCGCUAUAAUCAACGACUUCCUGCAGCCAGCCAGCCAUAUGUCCCUCACUGAAGCGGCUUUUCAGAUAAAUGAGCUUACUCCUAUUAAGCGGGAGGCCUGGGGUGAGGAGGAUGUUGAGGAACCAGAAAGCUACUUGAGGGAGAUCUGGGUCUUCUUUACAAUUAUUUGCAAGCAAAUUCCUUAUCAACACCCAUCACAGGAGAAACUGGUUUCCUUGAUCAGAGAAUUGACAUUGUUGCCAUCAGAGGAAUUCAACGGUUGGGAGACGGCAAAGGCUCGCAUUUGGGCAGAUUUGCCUUUCAUAGGAGUAUGUUGGUGGGAUGAGUGGGACGGGACUUCCGACUCUUGCGCCUUUGACCCGACCGAGCAAGGAAUCAACUUCUUUGCACUCUCGGCGCGGCUCCUCCAGUCGGGGUUUACGGGCCUGCCAAAUUGGUUGACCCAUUCCACCACAGAAAGAUGGAUCAGCUUUGCUAUAAUAGCCCUGCGUUACGCUUUCGAAGAACGAUUAUCCCAUGAGAUGUACAGAACUCGUGAAUGGGAGACUCAGGACUAUCAAAUCUGUGCAGCCGCACAGUGGAUCGAACAUUCCAGAGAGAUCAUCUUCCAGAAAGCAGAACUUGAGUUCUUGACCCGGGAACCCGAGGAGCCCACCAAAACAGCAGACCUUCCUCUGUAUAAAUGGGAAGGUAUUGUUUCACGUGAGCUGUGGGACUAUUGGGAAGCAGGAUUCCGUGCGUUUGGAGGGGAAAAGGCUGAAGGGAUUUCUGAAGAAACUGCAUGUGUAUGUCGCAAAGCUGCACUGCACAUGGCAGAGCUAAGCCUUACUAGAGAUUCUUAG